AUGCCGACAUACAGUCAAGCCCGUGACUCGCUUAGGUCGCUCUACCCUAAUGUCAAUGCAGACGACCCGAGCGAUCCUGGCGCGGAACAUGUCAAGAAGAUCGUCGCCCUCAUUGACAGAUUCUUUCACUUGAAAUUUGGUCGCACUAGUUCCGCCAGGAACGAAAAUCGAAAUACAGUGGACGUGCUCUAUGACUUCCCAACCUUUAAAAAGCUUCUUGCCGCAAAAAUUUCACAUUGGAAGGAGGUGAGACACAUGGACCGGGACAUUCACGACGAAGACAAGAAAGUCACCAAAGACGACCUGGCUGCAUUGCUCCCGACCCACGAAGAGAUCCUUGCCUUUCGCGUCUUGACCUCCGCCCGCGUGGACAUUACGGACAUUGGAGCCGACCUGCAUUCUGAGAAAGAUGCGGCCUAUCUUCUCGCUCCAAAAGUGUUCGACAAAGAACAAUCCGUCGCCGAGAUCGAUGCUCUCGUCUUGCAACGCGACAACAUCGACGACAACACCAUGGCCGUCGUGGCGCAGGCGGAGAAGCUCUCCGAAAUCAUGACCGCGGAGCUGCAGACCGUCCAGAAGCAAAAGGCCGAGGCGGCAAAGAAGGAGGCCAUUCUUCUGGAGGGACUCAAGGGCGUCAGGGGUAUCUUGGCCAGCAUGACCCAGAGCUGA